AUGUACUUCACUCUCUAUUUCCUCGUGACCCGCCUCCCUGACAGUCUUAGCUCCGUCAGGGACCACUUCCUCGCCCUAGACCCUACCACUCUCACUGUCGCCGACUUCGAGAAGCACCUCCUAGCAGCCGAGAAGAACAUACUCGCUGUAGGUGCCGCUCGUGGCACUCCUCGCACACCCCUCUUUGAGGGUUGCUCCCCCUCCCCUCUUGCCCCCUCCUACGCCUCUGCUGCUGCUGCUGUCGACUUCCUUGGUGCUGAGAAGGUCGCAGCUGCUUCCGCUCCUAGUGGGAAGUGCAGUGGCUCCAGGAGGGGCAAGGGUGGCAGGGGUGGCGGAGGUGGCGGUGGAGGGGGCAGUGGUGGUGGCGGCGGGGGCGGUGGAGGUGGUUGGGGUGGUCGUGGGGGUGGAGGUGGUGGUGGGGGUGGUGGUGGUGCUGGGAGCAGUGGCGGUGGCGGCGGCGGUGGUGGCGGAGGCGGGAGUGGUGGUGGCGGUGGCGGUGGGGGCUUGGGUGGGACCAGUGGUGGCCAGGGGCAGCAGCAGCAGCAGCAGCAGCAGCAGCAGCAGCAGCAGCAGCAGCAGCAGCAGCAGCAGCAGCAGCAGCAGCAGCAGCAGCAGCAGCAGCAGCAGCAGUAG